CAGACAUUUGACGUCGCCACGGAGGUCAUCGGUUUUCAAUUGGUACCGGAACCGGAGCGUAAGCUUUGGCCCGGUUCCUAUAUCGCCCACCCGGUCGCUUUCAUUCUCACGACUGCCGCAGGGGUAGACGAGUGGGCUUACGGUGUGGUCUCAGGCUACACAGUGUCCGACACGAACGCCAUCUUACACAUCGUGAGUCCCGGCGGACCCACACGCCUCCUUCUGACAGACGAGCAGUCGGUUAUCAAGGUAGACCCGCUCAACUACGCGCUGCGACCAGGGACGGCG